AUGAACCUCCCACGUCAACAACAACAACAACGACCACCGUCACGGCCGCCGGGGAAAUUUGCCGACCUGGUCUUUACGCGCAAGUUCUCGACCUUUGACCGGCAGAACCCCAACGCGGCCAACUCGCCCUUUCACGGGUUCUUCACCCUGUUCUGGAUGGGCGUGUUCCUCUUCGUGGUCAAGAUUGGCGCCGAAAACUGGCGCCGCCACGGCAGCCCCCUGGGGACCAACGAGAUUAUGAGGGGGAUGUUCUCCCCCGGCCCGGAGGUCGUGCUGCUCCUCGCCGCCGACGGCGCCAUGUGCGCCCUGACGGGCGUCAGUUGGGUCCUGCAGGUGCUGGUGAAGCGGCGGGUGGUUAGGUGGGAGGGGGUUGGGUGGGUGUUGCAGAAUAUAUGGCAGGCGAUGUUUAUUGCCGGGGUAAUCGGCCUGACGAUGCUCAGGGAGUGGCCGUGGACGCAUACGGUGUUUUUUGUGCUGCAUGGCCUGGUCAUGCUCAUGAAGCAGCACUCGUAUGCCUUCUACAACGGACACCUCUCAACGGUGUAUCACCGGCGUCUGCAACUGCUGGCCAAGCUCAAGCAGCUCGAGAGGAUCGCCCCGGUCAAAGCGCCCUCGAACACCGAGCCGCCCGUGUCUGCCAUCACCACGUCACAUCUCGUCCAUACCCCUUCAGCCAGGGAGUAUGAGCAGAGACGGAGGUCGCUCCCGCAUGUCAAGGUGCCGGAUGUUGACAAGAUUGCCGCGGCCAUCGAAUCUCGGGAGCCGCUUGACGAGACGCAGGUGCAGGUUUUCGAGCGGGUGCUGAAGUGGGAAGUUGACGCCCUUUCGGACGAGCUCAGGGGGAAGUCGACGACACCUGCGCGCGCGUACCCCAACAACCUCACCCUAGUCAACCACUACGAGUACAUCGUCCUGCCGACGGUGGUCUACGAGCUCGAAUACCCGCGCUCCGACUCCAUCAACUGGUACUAUGCCGCCGAGAAGCUAGUGGCCUGCUUUGGGAUCAUCUUUGUCAUGAUUGUGAUCUCGCAGGCUUUCAUCUACCCGGUCGUCAUGGACACGGUGCGCAUGAAGGAGGAGGGUGUCCCGCUGGCCGGACGGUUCCGCCAGUUUCCCUGGAUGCUGUCGGAUCUCAUCUUUCCCUUCAUGAUGGAGUACCUGCUGACGUGGUACCUCAUCUGGGAGACCAUCCUCAAUCUGCUGGCGGAGCUGACGUACUUUGCUGACCGCAGCUUCUACGGCGCGUGGUGGAAUUGCGUGUCCUGGGAUCAGUUUGCCCGAGACUGGAACAGGCCAGUCCAUAAUUUCCUGCUGAGACAUGUUUACCACAGCUCCAUCUCGGCCAUGAGGGUCGACAAACACACGGCCACCCUCAUCACCUUUUUCCUGUCGGCAUGUGUGCACGAGCUAGUCAUGUGGUGCAUCUUCAAAAAGCUGAGAGGCUAUCUGCUUUUCCUGCAGAUGUGCCAGCUUCCGCUCGUGAGACUGAGCAGGACUAAAUGGCUCCGCCAUCGUGCCACACUGGGCAAUAUGAUAUUUUGGCUCGGCAUAUUUACAGGCCCCAGCAUCCUGUGCAGCCUCUAUCUGAUACUAUGA